AGCUCAACCACGAAAAAAGUUGCCCCGCUGGUACCGUUGACCACGCCGUCUCUUCGCGACCAAAAUCGUCGCCAGCCUUCGCCAUGAGCUGGCUUACCUACCUCGCCGCUAUACCGCCAGUGCUCAUAAUAGCGAUGCGACUGCUCUCGCUCAUACUGCCCGCGGGGCCUGCGCAGCUCGUCUCUUACUACGCCUUCGCCCUGAGCUCCUUCAUACUGAUGGGCAUCUGUGCUCUAUAUGGUACCCUUGUGGCAAUUCCAUUGCGCAUUGUGGGAUACGGGGGCCUCAUUCAAUGGACUGUCGCGAGGGCGUUCAAGUGGUGCAUGUGGUAUGGCACCGGUGUGACAUUCCGCGUCACGGGAAGCAUGAAGAAAGAAGGUGGAUUUAGCGGAGAAGAUGCGCUCAAGGACCGCCCCGCCGUGUUUGUGGGAAAUCAUCAGACCGAACUUGACGUGCUCAUGCUUGGCUGCAUGUUCCCCAAGUACACGUCCGUCACGGCCAAAAAGUCGCUGAAAUAUGUGCCCUUGUUGGGUUGGUUCAUGGCCCUCUCCAAGACCGUAUUCAUAGACCGCGCAAACCGCACAACCUCCCGCGCCGCCUUCGACACGGCCGCCCAUACCAUGAAGACUACACGCCAGAAUGUCUUCAUCUUUCCCGAAGGCACCCGUUCCUAUGCCGCGAAGCCCGAUCUUCUCCCUUUCAAAAAGGGCGCAUUCCAUCUCGCCGUACAAGCACAGGUCCCCAUUGUGCCUGUUGUAUGUGGUAACUACUACCAUGUACUGGACGUCAAGGGCAAGAGAUUCACCCCGGGCGUCGUCGAUGUGACCGUCCUGCCGCCCAUCCAGACAAAGGGCCUGGGGGCUGAGCACGUGGACGCUCUGGUCAAGAAGACGAGAGAUGCUAUGAUGGACGAGUUGAUCCGUCUGAGCCACGUUUCGGGCACAGGCAGCAAUGAACCCCUGCCGCGAGCUACUGGUGUUGAUGGACAGGAACGUGGUGAGCUUAGGAAAAGGAAUUAAAAUACUGCAUAUGUCUUGUUUGCGCACCCAUUGAGGGGCGGGACAGAGCAUCCGGCGCAAAUGGCGUUAAAGGCUGCUUGACAUGCACCCGUAUUGAUAUCCUAAGGAUGGCGGGCUUGCUGUUGUUUGACCCUGAUGCAUAUACUCACAUCACAUAGGAUUCUACUAUUUUUUAGAACACGGAAAGUAGCUCAAUAUGUCUACGGAUAUGUUGACUAGGAGGAAGAGAAAAGAAGAUAUUUUAAGCCAAGCACACUUUUCAAUUGAAAUCCUGUUGGUUAUGAAUGCCUCAUGGCCAUGUUAGCA